AUGCAUCGCAAGCAAUCCAAAGCGACCCAAGAAAGACACGAUCGUAUGCUAAAUGAGCUAUACAAGGUGCUCGGCAACGACAGAUGUGCCGAUUGCACGGCAAAGAAUCCUCGUUGGGCAUCGUAUUCGCUGGGUGUAUUUCUCUGUAUUCGAUGUGCCAGUCUACAUAGAAAGAUGGGAACACACAUCUCCAAGGUGAAGUCAUGUAGCAUGGAUUGCUGGACAUUGCCAGAAAUACAACGUAUGAAGCAGCUAGGCGGCAAUGCCUGUAUCAACCAUCAAAUCAACCCAGAUGCAAGCAGCAAUAUGCCCAUCGCACUGGACGAUGAUCACGCCAUGGAGAAAUACAUAAGAGAUAAAUGGGAGCGAAGGUGUUUUGCCACGCCAAGUAAUAGCAGUAGUAAUCAUAGCACUCCUGCAGCAUUACAAGAGGAUUUGGUGCUGUUACCUACACCUUCAUUGAGUAGCACAAGCAGUUCGCUUGUAUCAUCGCCUAUUACACAGCAGCAGCAGCAGCAGCAGCAGCAGCAUGUAUUCGCUGGUCAACAUGUCGCAGCAGCCUCAGAGCCAUCACCAUCCAGCUACAAUCCUUUUCUUAGUGCUGAUAAUCUCCAAGUGACACAAACUCAAACACUACAGCAUCAUCAUAAACAUGUCAUUAGUACUACUGCAUUGACGACAAAUCCCUUUCUGCAGCAGCAACAGCAAUUAAGUACACCAUUUACAACGAACAAUCCGUUUAUUCAGCAUCUAUUCUAG